CUCUAUGUGUGCGGUUUUGUUCCACCAAACAGUUGUUGAUAAUUUCGUUUUGAAACAUCUUCACUUCAGUUUGUUCGUUCCUAUUGAUCGUUUGGCAAGUUCCUGUGCACUAUCCUAGCAAAAAUGUCGAAGCCUGCAUACAAAGUUGCCGAUAUCAGUCUGGCCGAAUGGGGACGCAAGGCCAUCAUCAUUGCCGAAAAUGAGAUGCCCGGUCUAAUGGCCUGCCGGAAGAAGUACGGUCCUUCCAAAAUUCUGAAAGGUGCCCGCAUCACUGGUUGCCUUCACAUGACCGUCCAGACGGCUGUACUCAUCGAAACUUUGGUGGAGCUGGGCGCUGAGGUCCAAUGGUCGAGCUGUAAUAUUUUCAGUACCCAGGAUAAUGCCGCAGCUGCUAUUGCUGCCACCGGAGUGCCAGUUUAUGCAUGGAAGGGUGAAACUGAAGAGGAAUACCUGUGGUGCAUUGAACAGACCCUUGUCUUUCCCGAUGGCCAGCCCUUGAAUAUGAUUCUGGAUGAUGGCGGUGAUCUAACCAACUUGGUGCACGAGAAAUUCCCCCAGUAUCUGAAGGGUAUCAAGGGUCUAAGUGAGGAGACGACAACAGGUGUGCACAACUUGUACAAAAUGUUCAAGGAAGGACGCUUGGGUGUGCCGGCAAUUAAUGUGAACGACUCGGUGACAAAGAGCAAGUUCGACAAUCUCUAUGGAUGUCGCGAGUCUCUGAUCGAUGGCAUUAAACGGGCCACCGAUGUGAUGAUCGCUGGCAAAGUGUGCUGUGUCGCCGGCUACGGUGAUGUUGGCAAGGGUUGCGCCCAGGCACUGAAGGGCUUCGGCGGUCGUGUGAUAGUCACCGAAAUCGAUCCCAUCAAUGCUCUACAGGCAGCCAUGGAGGGCUAUGAAGUAACCACCAUGGAGGAGGCCAGCAAGGAGGCCUCAAUCUAUGUGACCACCACCGGUUGUCGGGACAUCAUCACAUCAGAGCAUUUACUUCAGAUGCCCGACGAUUCGAUUGUGUGCAAUAUUGGGCAUUUUGACUGCGAAAUCGAUGUCGAUUGGCUCAACGCGAAUGCCAAGGUGAAGGUGAAUGUAAAGCCCCAAGUGGAUCGCUACACCAUGCCAAAUGGUCGUCACAUUAUCGUUUUGGCCGAAGGACGUCUGGUCAAUUUGGGCUGUGCCCAUGGACAUCCCAGUUUUGUUAUGUCCAACUCCUUUACCAAUCAGGUUCUGGCCCAAAUUGAACUAUUUACCAAAUCCGAUCAAUAUACGGUCGGAGUGCAUGUUCUGCCCAAAUUGCUUGACGAGGAGGUGGCUAGUCUGCAUCUAGAAAAACUGGGUGUCAAGCUAACCAAAUUGACAGAGAAACAGGCCGCCUAUCUGGGUGUACCACAGACCGGACCCUUCAAGCCCGAUCACUACAGAUACUAAUAUAAUUUCUAAAAACAUUGUUACAUAUACACUUACAUACAUACAUACAUACUAUCUGUGUUUUUUCCCCCAACUAAGCUCCAAUAAAAUUCUAAUUCUAUAUAAGCAACUCACGUACCAAUUCUCUCCCUGAUAAAGAGGGGCAAGAGAGUGGGGAGAGAGUGCAAACAACAAAAUA